UUAUUUUUUGCCCCGCCCAUCGCCCCGCCCGGAUCUGCCCGGUGGGGUUGGGCCGAGAGUCCAGCUGCUGCUGGCUAAAGCUUCAGUGACUUCCUUGUUGUGAACCCCGGCCCGGCAGUGUCCGGAAUCUCAGCCCCGCUGUGUUUACGCGGACCGCUAGCUAGAGUCUAGGUCGCAGCCGCAACCCCAGACCGUCGGUUACCCUUUCAGGUCCUUUCCCCGCACGCCCCGCGCACUCUAAUAUGCCCAAUCCCAGCAGUACCUCCUCUCCCUAUCCCCUCCCUGAAGAAAUUAGGAACCUGUUGGCAGAUGUUGAAACAUUUGUAGCAGACACACUAAGAGGAGAAAAUUUAUCCAAGAAAGCAAAGGAAAAGAGAGAAUCUCUUAUUAAGAAGAUAAAAGAUGUAAAGUCUACCUAUCUUCAGGAAUUUCAAGACAAAGGUGAUACAGAAGAUGGGGAAGAAUAUGAUGACCCUUUUGCUGGGCCUCCAGACACUAUUUCUUUAGCCUCUGAAAGAUAUGAUAAAGAUGAUGAAGCCCCCUCUGAUGGAAACCAGUUCCCUCCAAUUGCAGCACAGGACCUUACUUUUGUUUUAAAGGCUGGCUAUCUUGAAAAACGCAGAAAAGAUCACAGCUUUCUGGGAUUUGAAUGGCAGAAACGGUGGUGCGCUCUCAGUAAAACAGUGUUCUACUACUAUGGAAGCGAUAAAGACAAACAGCAGAAAGGUGAAUUUGCAAUAGAUGGCUACAAUGUCAGAAUGAAUAACACGCUUAGGAAGGAUGGAAAGAAAGAUUGCUGUUUUGAAGUCUCUGCUCCUGAUAAACGUGUCUAUCAGUUCACAGCAGCUUCUCCCAAAGAUGCUGAAGAAUGGGUACAGCAGCUGAAAUUUGUGUUACAAGAUAUGGGAUCUGAUAUUAUACCCGAGGAGGAGGAUGAAAGAGGAGACCUGUAUGAUGAUGUCGAUCACCCUCUACCAAUCAGCAGUUCACCAGCAGGCAGUCAACCAAAUGAUGAAAUUUAUGAAGAACUUCCAGAAGAGGAAGAGGACAGCACUCCUGGGAAGGUGGACGAACAAAAGAAGAUGAGUCAGGACAGCGCCUAUCACACCGCAGGUGAUAAAAGCACUGAUUAUGCUAAUUUUUACCAGGGUUUAUGGGACUGCACAGGUGCUCUUUCUGAUGAAUUGUCAUUUAAACGUGGUGAUGUGAUUUACAUUCUUAGCAAGGAAUACAAUAGAUAUGGCUGGUGGGUAGGAGAAAUGAAGGGAGCCAUUGGCUUGGUGCCGAAAGCCUACAUAAUGGAGAUGUAUGAUAUUUGAGAGUCCUGGGAAAAAUCAACAUUUCAGUUGAAGAAAAAAAUCAUAAUGCAACUUUCCUUUUCCGCCUGCAGAAAAGGAAGAUUCUCUUGCUACUCUGCAGAUGCUUUGGAUUUAGAAUCUUCGUGAAAGCAUGAGUGACAGCUCAUAACCUUUCUUUGUUUUGUUGAACAUCGUUCGUCUUUGCUAUUUUAUGCAUUCAUUGUAAUAGUCCUCUGAUGUGAAAUUAAGUGAAGGAUGUUAAUGUAAAUUAGAUGCAAGCAGUAAAAUUAUACCUGUUGCUAUUUUGCAAAGAAAUAAUUGUAGUUUCUAUUUACUCAUUUGAUUUGUGAAGAAUUCAGCACUAUUUUAUAUGUACUGCAUAGUCACUGCUACUUCCAGUAUGAGUUGUAAUUUCUCAAUAUGGUGAUAUGCAUAUCAAUUAUUUUUUAGACUGUAAUAUGUAAUUUCAUAAAAAUUUAAAUUGAAUAUAUCAUGCAAGUUUUUGGUAGAUGCUACCUGAAGAAGAAGGCGUUAAAACUUUGUGGUUUAUCUUAGUAUUUAUUUUUCACACAAUAGUAACAUGUUUUCAUGAACGAAUUUUUACCAAUUAGCAGAUUUACUUUAUGUUAAAUAUAGGUACAAGAAAGAAAGAAAAUGAUGGAACUGCAAGUGGCAGUGUACUGUCACUUUCUGCAAGACACGUACAGACCAGAACCUUGGUUUGUGUAAAGCCCGAUAUCAAUAACAGACACCCUCAUUUAAUGAUGGGCUUGCCAACGUUUUCUACCAUAGUUUUGUUUAAGUUUAAUAAAAUCAAAAAUUCAUAAGAGACCCCAUUCUCCACUAAUAGAAUGGCAUAAAGAAUCUCAGUGUAUUCUUAAAGUAAGAAGGCACGCCCCAAGAACUCUCUAAUCCUGCCUGAUCACGGCCAUGCUCUUACGGUCCCACCACAAAACAGCACGACCCCAGACGUGCAUCUCUGCUACACAUCUCAGAGCCAUGAAGACAAAAGGAAGCCUCGGAGAGGAGAGUGUAGCGACCACAGUAGGCACACACACCAACAGGUGAGUGGGAGGGCAGCGUUGGCCUGACAUUCGAGUUAUACGCUGUGCUGCCUAAGCAAGAUUUGCAAAAUUAUAUCAAUGCCUUUUUAUGUAUGUUUGAAAUCAAAGGUAUUCUGAAUGCCUAUAAGGUACUGGUAUGGCCUUAAUAUAUAUCAGAACGUACUGCCGAAUGGAUAAGUAUUUGGAGUAGAUAUCAUCUCCUCAUACCGAAUCCUCGAUUAGUAGGUACGACCUUCAUUGUACUUUUCAGAGCUUUGCUUUAUGAAGAUAAGGAGUGUAACCACACAAACAAGCUGAUAAGAUUUUAAAACCUCCAUUAUUAAUAUAAAACUACUGAUGAGCAGUAUUUCAGAGUGUAUAUUUUACCAUGAUCCCUUCAAUACCGUGAUCAUGUGAUUUGAAAUGUUAAAAAAAAUACUAAUUUUAGGGAUUGUGGGUAAACUCUAUACAAAUUUGACAUUGUUGAGUUAAAGCUUUCAGAAAUUAAUUUGUGUGCUCGUUAAUCUUUUCCUAAUAACGAGCCAUUGGAACAGAUCGAAAUCAUCUUGGGAAAAAGCAAGAUAACCAGAAAUGAAACUAAUGGACUGGUUUGCAAAGCCUGAGAGGUUGAAAAGCAGAAGCAGUUGUUGGUUUCCACUGACAGUGUAGACUUGCUAGUGGGGUGGAGACAGGUUUCCCGUUCCUGGCUUAAGUGAAGGUUUGAGCCCUGGGCCGGUAGAUGGCAGCAGCUUUUCAUUGCAAACCACGCUGCUUGGAGACCCCUCCCCCACUCAGGCACAGACUCCCACAGAAUGUAAAGCCCUUAGAACAUUUCUGCCUCCUUUUACAGUUAAUCCAGGAGAGGGAGUCCUUUGCCAAAGGAUGACCAAUUCCAAGCCCGAUAGUCUCUGUGGAUGGUGCCGAUACAGAGAUGAAGUGUUAGCUUCCGUCCAGAGCUCCUCUGGCCUUUGUUCUUUUCUAACUUGAGUCUGGGAGGGAGAGAGGAAAGAAAACAAACGAUUUAAAAUUGGAGCGACAAGAAGAAGAAUCAUUACUUUCAGUUCAUGACAACUUGGUAUUCAUUUGGUGAAAUCAUUUGUGUAUACCAGAGAGAAACUUUUUCUUAGCACCCUUGGCAAUAUAUCACACACUCUUCAAGAUCAUAAUAAUAUCAUUAAUGUGAAUUUAAACAACAUGGCUUGUUAGGAAAUAUGCUAAUCGCUAUGUUCUCAUUAUGUUUGCUUAGUUUUAUUUGUUUUUCUAUGAACAGUUAGAGAGCUAAUUUUUUUCAAAGGUGAUUGUAAGUCAUAUUUUAUAUAGCAUUUUGCUUGAUUAUUUGCUCUGUACUGAAUUCGUACUCUAUUGCCAUUAGAUCUUACAAUAAUGUUCCACUCUGCAAAUUUUUAAGGUUCAAAUAAAGUUUAAUUGUUUGCAAACUGUUAUGAUGCUAAUAA